GGCGGACUGUAGUAAAGCGGCUGCUGCAGGUGAGUAAUCAGACUUUCUUCGACUCCGCGCAACUUCUCAACAACUCGGAAUGUCUAUGUGGCUGAACGAUGGAGAAGUGCUGGUGGGACAGGGCAGCGGCGAGGCGGUCCCCAUAAGCCCCAGACUACGGAGCCUACCCUCUAGCAGCCCCAGGCCGGGUCAAAGACGUAGUCCUCUGGCUUCGCCGCGGGCCAGAGAGCCGCCGAGUCCACAGGCAGAGACCCUGGGCAAGGCCAAAGAGCUGUUUGUCCUGUGUGACAAAGAGGGGAAAGGGUUCAUCACCAAACGAGACAUGCAGAGGUUGGAGGGCGAGCUGCCACUCUCGCCGGAACAGCUGGAGACUGUGUUUGAAAGUCUGGACCGCGAGAACAACGGAUUCCUCACUCCUGUUGAGUUCAAAACCGGACUCGGUGAACUGAUGGGCCUGGAUGAAACGAGUGAGCUCAGCCCAGACGGAGCGAAGGCAGAGAGGGAAGAAGUGGACUGGUCCCAGGACCCCACCGCAGCCAGAUUUGUGAACAUACUAAUGGAGCUCGGCGCUGACAAGAUUUUCAAAGACCACCAGGAGCUUUUCUCCCUGUGGUGUGAGCUCCAGAGAGACAGCCCAGAGCUGCUCAAUGCCCUGGAGGCUCUCUUGGUCCACGCCGUGUCCCACCUGCAGGACGCCAUCAGAGAGAGAGACGCCCUGGAACAAGCUCUUUGCAGAAGGGAGAGCGAACAUGACAAGAUGGUCCGAUCCAUAUAUGAAGAGAUGGAAAGCCAGAUCAGGGAGGAAAAAGAGAAAUGGGUUGCUCAGGACAGCAUUAAGGAAAAGCAGAGAGGGCAACGGCUUGAGGAGGAGCUGAGGAUGCGGGAGCAGGAGUUGGAGAACACGAUAAACAAACAGAAAGAGCUCGAGACCAGAAUCCGAACGCUGAGUUGCGAGCAAACCAACAUGAGGGAGCAGAACCGGCAGCUGCGGAGCCUCAACAGCCAGCUGCAGGAGCAGGUGGAGAGCAGCAGAGAGCGGCUGCAGUCUGCCCUGCAUCAGCUCAGCCUGCUGCAGGCCAGCGACACCCAGGAGCAGGUGGCUCGACAGAGAAACAUAACGAGGGUAUCAAGAAACAUCAAAAAGGAAAAGGAAAGUCUCUUGAGACAACUUGAGAUAUUAAGGGAUAUGAACAGAAGGCUGCGAGAUGAGAAAGAUGCCCAGCAUACACUUAAGAUGGUUAGUCAUCGACACUCUGUCCUUUCCCCCUCGCCGUUACCUUAUUACUUCAGCGAGGACCCUUGUACCCCUUGGACUCGGCAGGUUUACCCAACCUAAGCCCAGUCUUGGAAAACUGCUACGCUUUCCUCCAUCCUCUGGACAAUGAUUACUCAAACGGGCAGCUGCUACUAAUGAUUUAAUGAUCCGCUAAGUUUUCUGUGGAAAUGGUCAGUGAAGCGAAGGCUUGUACUUGGACGUUUACUCUCCUGUGUCAACGUGCAGAAAAGUUAUUUUUGCGUUGCCUUGUGGAACCCAACAAGUAAAAUUAAAAUGGCUUAAUAUUUGUCACACCGUGUCAAAAUGUUCACUGUAAGAAAGUUGAUGGAUAGUAAACUCUGACUUGUUUGUAAGUAAAUUUCUUAUCCUGUUUAAUUUCCAUUCAAGUACGUGUCUUUGAGCACAUGAUGUUGUAUUUUUUUUUCAUUAACAUAAUUUAUAUAAAAAAAG